AUGUUGGAGAACUCUCCCCAUCUCAUUCAGCGGUACAUAUUCGCUUGCGAAGGAAUGCGUGUUUCACUUGGGCCCAUUAAGGUUUACAACAAUUUGGUCCUCGGCUCACAGGACGCUCUCGUUGCCGGUUACCCACGUAUUGAAGAUACAGAAAAACAUACAUUUGUACGAUACGAGUUAGAUUACACCCUAUAA